ACAAUUUGUUCAGUUCGGUUGUGAACUUCAGAAUCAGAAUCCGAUUCAGAAACAUUGUGCAACACAUUGCCAGGAUCAACAGUUAUACAGAGGCAAGGCAGCAAGCAAUCUGAGAGGAAAUUCAUUCAAGAUCAUUUUAGCAUUCAGUUCAAGAGAUCAGCCACAAGAUUUAGUGGUGCCAACAAAAUGCUGGCCAGUGAAACAUUUCCCACCCAUCACUUCAAGAAGUCUAUAUAUAAGCCAUACAAUGCGAACGUUGAUGAUUUGGCAAGUGUGACCAAGACAUUGGCCCUAAGCACGUCGUCAUCGAGUGAUGCAGCUGUGAUCGAUGGCGCAGCAGCAGCAUCAAUGCAACCGGCCGCAGUCGAGUUCGACACACCAGCCAAAAUGUUGACCACCAACAGCAACAGCAACAAUAAUAAUAAUAAUAAUAAUAACAUCAGCAUCAAAAACAACAAUAAUAACAAUUGCAGUGCCAAUGGUUUGUCCAGUUUUGUGGCCAGUCACCCAGCAGCUGAAUUCGAAGGAUUCAUACGCGCCUGCGUUGAUGAGAUUAUACAGCUGGCCGUGUUCCAGGGCACCAAUCGCUCCUCCAAGGUGGUGGAAUGGCAUGAGCCCGCCGAGCUGCGACAGCUCUUUGAUUUCGAGCUGCGCGACAAGCCAGAGUCGCAGGACAAGCUGCGUAAUCUGCUUCGCGAAACCAUACGCUUCUCGGUGAAGACAGGACAUCCAUAUUUCAUCAAUCAGUUGUAUUCGGGCGUCGAUCCCUAUGCCCUCAUUGGCCAAUGGCUAACGGAUGCCCUCAAUCCCAGUGUGUACACAUAUGAGGUGGCGCCAGUGUUUACACUCAUGGAAGAGCAGGUGCUGGCCGAGAUGCGACGCAUUGUGGGCUUCCCGGACAACGGACAUGGCGAUGGCAUCUUCUGCCCAGGCGGUUCGAUAGCCAACGGUUAUGCAAUCAGCUGUGCACGCUACAAAUAUGCGCCCGAGUCCAAGAAAAACGGACUGUUUAAUGCGAAGCCCUUGAUAAUAUUCACCUCAGAGGAUGCGCAUUACUCCGUGGAGAAGCUGGCCAUGUUCAUGGGCUUUGGCAGCGAGCAUGUGCGCAAGAUAGCCACCAAUGAGUUGGGCAAGAUGCGACUCAGCGAUCUGGAGGCGCAGAUUCAGUUGUGUCUGGAGAACAACUGGCAGCCACUGAUGGUAUCGGCCACAGCUGGCACCACAGUGCUGGGCGCCUUUGAUGAGUUGGUGGGCAUCUCGGAGCUGUGCCGCAAGCACAACAUGUGGAUGCAUGUGGACGCUGCUUGGGGCGGUGGUGCACUCAUGUCCAAGAAGUAUCGCCAGUUGCUCAACGGAAUUGAACUCGCUGAUUCGGUCACUUGGAAUCCUCACAAGCUGCUGUCGGCGUCACAGCAGUGCUCCACCUUCCUCACGCGUCACGCACAGAUUCUCGGCCAAUGUCACUCGACAAAUGCCGCGUACUUGUUCCAGAAGGAUAAGUUCUAUGACACCUCCUUUGAUACGGGCGACAAGCACAUUCAGUGUGGUCGUCGUGCGGAUGUUUUCAAGUUUUGGUUCAUGUGGAAGGCCAAAGGUAGCGAAGGAUUCACGGCGCAUGUGGAGCAGGUCUUUACCAUGGCCGAGUACUUUACCGCCAAGCUGCGUGAGCGUCCUGGUUUCGAGCUGGUCCUCGAUCAUCCGGAAUGCACCAACAUCACGUUUUGGUAUGUGCCGCCCAGUCUCAGGCAAAUGGAACGCAAUCAGGAGUUCUACGACAAGCUGCAUAAGGUGGCGCCCAAGAUCAAGGAGGCGAUGAUUAAGAAGGGCUCGAUGAUGAUCACAUAUCAGCCGCUGCGCAAGCUGCCCAACUUCUUCCGUCUGGUGCUGCAGAACUCCUGCCUCGAUGAAUCCGAUAUGCUCUAUUUCCUCAACGAGAUCGAAACCCUGGGACAAAAAUUGUAGUGCUGCAUCGCUGUUCGAAGGCGACUUUUUGAUGUAUUAAGAACAUUCUUCUUAGGCAUAUGAUGUACAUAGCAUACAAUGGAAUUGUAACCGGUAUUAACUUAUCGCGAUCAUCACAAUACAUCGUAAUGCAAAUUUAAGUAUUUUAAGGUGAUACAAUAAUAAAUAUUUAGAUUGUAUAGAUUAA